AUUUUGAAGAAGAAGACAACAGCUGUUUAUUGUUUUGCUUGCGUAUUUCAGAAAAACGUCCUCAAAAAUGCUUAGAAAACUCUUAUUUAACUCCCAAGUUGUAUUAAAACAGCAACCAAAGUUACUUAACGUAAGACACCUGGCUAGUCCCAAGAUCUUGCAACUAGAGCAAAUCCACAUUGACGAAGCCAUCAAAAUAGAACCCACUUUAUCCAUUUUUACACCUGAGAUCUGGCGACGAGCUCAUGAAACAUUUCAAAAUCACGGCCUGGAAACGGGGAACUUCCUGAGGAUUGUCACUGGUAAUCCUGCAGUUCUGAAACGAACACCAGAUACAAUAAUCAACAGCUUGGAAAUCUGGAGGGCCUGUCAAUUCGGCGAGAAUCUUCUGCACCUGCUACUCACAAAAUAUCCUGAAUUACUGGACAUCAGCGACUCCCAUCAGUUACUUUCCCACAUUGGCUUUCUAAAGAGUCGCGUUUCCACCAGCAAAAAUGUUUGGAAACUACUGAUGAACAGUCCGGAUUUGAUAGCCCAAUCCGAGGAAUCCGUAGAGGAAAAAUUGAAUUUCCUAAUAGAUGUGAUGCGAAUUGAAGUGCCGGAAUUAGCGAAAUCCGCAGCAUUAUCUUUGCCCUUUGAUGAGCUGCGUUGUCGUCACGAAUUCUUGGUUCGUUUGGGCCUAUUCAAGCCCCGGCCUCUGAAAGCCGAUCCCAAUGAGCCCACUACCAACCACAAAUUGUAUCAGAUUACGGAUACGUCCGAAAAGAGUUUUGCCACAAAGAUCUGCCAUGUCACCCUGCCGGAAUACGAAGCUUUCAAGGAACUCUACGCCAGGGAACUGGAGCGAAAGUCUAGAAAAUCUAGGGAGGAAGAGGAUCUUAGCGAUGAAGAUGACUAGGUUUAGGAUAUCGGUAUGAUUGAUCAUUAAAACCAAAACAAAACAAAUAUAUUUAGAUAUGGUUUAAAGAACCAUUAACCAUUUACA